AGAUUUCGGUGGGCGGAAAUUGGAGAAAACUAGUUCAAAAUCGAAUUUCCUCAAUUACGGUCUUAAAGUCCAAAGGAAAUCUUUAUUACGUUGACACAAGAUGGAAUUUCCAACAAACCAAUGCUACAAUUAAUCUACAAGAUAUUUUAUCCAUCGACAUUUUUAUUUAUGAAAGAUAAUCAGCUGUUACCCAAGAAAUGUCCUGUCCGUCAAGAAAAGAUCUUCAAAAUUACUUCAAAAAACGACUACCACCUAUCAAAUGGUUACCAAAGUAUUCUUGUCAACAUCUUCAAGGAGAUAUCAUUGCAGGUUUAACUGUUGCCCUUACUGUAAUUCCUCAAGGUCUAGCUUACGGUCAAAUUGCUCAUUUACCCGCGCAAUAUGGAUUGUACAGUGCAUUUUUAUGUUGCUUUGUCUAUUGCUUGUUGGGAACGGCUAAAGAUGUUACCUUAGGUCCCACUGCUAUUAUGUCAAUGCUAGUGGCUCAUUAUUCCGAAAAUUUUGGUAAUAACAUAGCACUGUAUGCAGUUGCUUUAAGUUUUUACUGUGGAAUUGUCCAAUUUAUUUUGGGUAUUUUAAAUUUGGGCAUAAUUGUCGAAUUUGUUUCAUCAUCAGUCCUUAGCGCAUUUACUGGAGCGGCUGCUAUAACUAUUGCAGGAGGCCAAUUAAAGCAUCUUUUAGGCAUAGAUUAAAGAAAUAAUUCAUUAUAGCUUAUUAAAUCUUCUGAGAAUACUCACAUGACUCUUUAUCAAAUUCUUCUAAUCAAACCGAGAAAUAUUAUUAUAUUAUUAUUUAAGUCUGACUGGUAUUUUAUUCUUUUAUCUAUGCUUAAAGGUUUAAAGAAUACAACAAGGUCAGGAGAUCUUUUAGAUCAACUUAUAACAGUAUUUCAAAAUAUCUCUACAAUUAAUAAAUAUGAUAUAAUACUCUCUGUUAUCUGCAUAAUCACAUUGAUAUUUUUAAAACAAUUACGAUCUAUAAACUGGACAAGCCCACCCACAUCUAUAUUACAAACUGUUUGUAGGAAGAUUGUAUGGCUGACAGGAACAUCUUCAAAUGGUAUUGUUGUCUUAUCAUCAGCCGGAAUCGCUGCCUCUCUUCUUGCAAAAAAUAUAGAUGUAUUUUCGAUGACUAAAGGCGUGGCAGCUGGUCUUCCGCCCUUUAGACCCCCGCAUUUAUCAGCAACAAAUACAACGUCAUGGGAUGUUCUUAAUAACAUCGGAACUGGCCUAAUAAUGAUUCCUCUAAUAGGUAUUGUAGAAUUAAUGGCCAUUGGAAAAGUUCUAGCCAGAAAAAAUGAUUAUACAAUUGAUUGUAGUCAAGAAUUAAUAGCUAUAGGAGUAGCCAAUGUAUUAGGUUCAUUUGUUUCUGCUUAUCCAGUCACAGGAAGUUUCAGUAGGAGUGUUGUUCAGUCAAAUAGUGGUGCUAAAACAACAUCAGCAGGUAUAUUUACUGGGACUGUGGUUAUAAUAUGUUUAGCGAGCUUAAUGGAUUUUGUUCGAUUUAUACCUAAUCCAGCUUUGGCAUCUGUAAUAUUUUGCGCAGUUCUUCCAAUGUUUGAUCCGUCUGCCUUAGUGAAAUACUGGAAAUUAAGUAAACUUGAUGGCUUCAUUUGGUUCCUUACUUUUACUCUAUCUAUUCCUUUGGGUAUUGAAGUGGGAUUGGCGGUGGGCAUGGGUUUUUCACUCUGUUUUUUUGUGUUAUAUCCAUCAGCUCGACCAAGAAUUAUAUAUGAAUUUCAAGAUAACUGUACAAUAAUGAAAAUAUAUGAAAAAUUGACCUUCGCAGGAUCGGAUUAUUUAAUUGAAGCAAUAAGAAAACAAUUGAAACGCACAAGUAUAAUAUUAGACUUGACAUCAAUGAAUAGCUUGGACCCAUCCAUCGCCCUCGUUCUUUCCCAAAUUAGCAGAGAAGCCGGAAAUUAUGGGUUUAUAAUGAUAGCCAGCAAAGAAGUUGAAAUUUUUCUGAAGAAAGUUGAUAUCAAAUGUGGUAGCUCUAUAAAUGACUCUUUAAGAGAAAUUCGCUGUGAUUGAUAAAUUAAUUUAUAUACUGUACAUAUAAAUUUAUAUAUAUAAAAUAAAUAACAAUGAUUCUUGAA